GAGUGAAGACUUUUGCAAGAUUGCACACGUCAGAGUGACAUGGGCAACCGUUGGCAUCAAGCAGGUAAACUGCUUCCGAUUUCCGAUUGCACUUCAUUAUUGUCACAAAAUAAAUCAUCACAAAUUAGUCGACCAUCAAGACAAUAGAAGAACAAGAAGAUGAAGCUUUCAGCCCUUACCCUCUGCAUCAGUUGGUUGCUGUUUCAAGCCCCCUCCAUCAUGGCGAAGAGGAGCGUCAAGAAGCCGUUUGCUCGGGAUUGUACUAUUGUGGAAGACAAAGACGAAGUUGCCUUUACGUGCAAAUCUACCAAUGCACCUGAAGACUACAGCUCUGACUCGGCUGACUCGGAAGAUGCUGCAUCCACCAGAGGUAUCGUAUUGGAGCCGGCCAUUGAGAUCAAAGACAAGAUCAAAUACAAGGUGGAAACUGGGAAGAAAGGAGUACAAGUCAAGAUUCAAUACGAGCAAGAGUAUGAACAGGAAUACCAAGAAGAAGAUGGCUCCACCGAAGAGAUCUCGGGUGAAAGUGAGACGGAAUUCGAAAUCGUCUUUGAUAGCAUCAUUGAGUAUGCCAAGGGCGAGACAAAAGUCGCCAACAACACAACCGACGAGCAGGCGUAUGAUUGGGAAGCAGAUACGGUGGUUCAGACGCUCCCGUUGGACGACUGGAAUGACCUUUCCACAGUGAUGAGUGCCGGCGUUGUUUCCUACUUCUUGGCUUCCACCAGCGACCAGAUUGUUGCCUUCAACUUUACCAUUAGCAGGACAGGCGAGGGAGAGAAGCUCGGUGCCAAUGCCAUGAAGAUCGAUGUGCACAUUGUAAACUUUCCAUGGCAACGAAAUGAUACCUAUCUGGCGCUCGUGAGCUCUGUUAGCUCCGAGCUGGAGGUCGAUGUCAAACAUGACGACGAAGCCACAGUCCUGCUUGCCCAACAGGACGUUCAGAUUCCGUUUGCCGGUAUUGAUACCAUCGGAUUCGUCCCAUUCGGCUCUUACAGCUGGGAAACCAUGGCGGAAGUGGUGGAAACUGACGCCGUCAUCAUGGUAGACGAGGAGUCCACCAGCUCGACCGUCCAAAAGUCGGGUAUCAUUGGAUCAGCUGUGGGCAAGCCGUAUCAAACCAUUCAGGUUGUGGCGACGUCUCCUGUGGACGCGUCGUCCAACGAGACAACCUCCUCCUCCUUUGAGAUGGCAGAGACGAUUGCUUACUCCUUUGUAGGCUCCUUGGCGCAGAACGCUUCGUACAUUUAUUGGGACCCUUCUGCUGGUGUCGGAUACAGUGAAAGUGAUGAUGCCGAGUAUCAAAUCAUUGGCGAAAACGGGGAUCCUUUCGAAUACACACAAAUGUCCUCUGCUGCAGCUACGAUUGGAACGCAUCAUGGCCAGUUCUUGGGAUUGCUUAGCAUCUUGAGUUUGACUUUCUUCGUCAUGCAUGGCUGGUGAGCAAGUGUGCCUUCAAUCUACAACUUCCGUGUGGCUUGGAUGGGUGGAUGACUCUGUGGGUAGCUACGAUCUCCUUUCUGAUCUGAUGUGGUGCAAGUAUUGGGUUCUUGUUCCUAACUUAUUCAAUCAACUAAUACUGUAAAGAUAUGUUUACGUUACU